AUGCACGGUGUGUCGAAAGCGACAGUUUGCCGCAUCAUAAAAAAUGUUGUAAAUGCAAUUAAUGAAAACUUAUUGAUUGACACCGUUCGCUGGCCAGAAGAUGUAGGAGAAACAAUCAAUGCAUUCAGUAAUAUCGCUGGCAUGCCUCUUACUUGUGGUGUAGUUGAUGGGACUUUAAUAAAAAUAGAUGCUCCUUCAAUCGACGAACCAGUUUUUGUUGACAGAAAGGGACAUCAUUCCAUAAACGUUUUACUAAUUUGUGGACCUAACCUGGAGUUUUACUACGUAAAUGCUAACUGGCCAGGUAGUGUUAGCGAUGCUCGUGUUCUGAGAAAUAGCUUCAUAAGUGACAGAAUUGAAGAAGGUUGGCGUCCCUUUCCAGGCGCUGUGUUGCUUGGGGAUUCUAUCUAUCCGCUCAAGUCCUGGUUAAUACCACCCGCUCUUCAAAACGCUGGUGACCCUGCACAAACUCGUUUCCUAAGAGCACACAAGAAAACUAGAAGGGUAGUGGAAUGUGCAAUCGGUAGGUUAAGGGAAAAAUUUCCUUGUCUUAACUACUUGCGAGUAAAUCCUGUCUAUGCAUGCAACAUAAUCAAAUGUGCUGUUGCUCUUUCUAACUUGGCAAUGAUCGAGAGAUUUGUCCUUAAUAACGACGAAGACGAUGCUCAUGUAGUUGAGGGGGUAGAAGAGUACGCGGAAGGAGCGGAAGAAAAAUUACACUUCUUCUACAACCACUUCAGAAAUUAG